UACCAUAUGGCGACUUCAAUGUGUUUGUCAACGAGAGCCCGCCGGGCCACUCUUUGGACCAAUGUUUGUCGUAAAAAGCAUUCCAUAAUUUCCCGCAACUUCGAAAUGGAUUCAGUUCUCAAAUCUUUAUGAAGAACCUUUUGUCUGAUACUUUGCCCGCGAAGAACCAUCACAACACAUUGGUAACUCGGCAGACGAGGAGCCCCAAUAACUCAACAUGUCCGUCUUCUUCAAGGAAAUCUCCACGGAUAACCCCGUGCAAAAGGGAGACGUUGAAAAACUCCUUGAGCCACUUGGUCUUUCAAUCAAACCCGAAGAGUCGGCAGACUACCAAAGGCUCCUUGCCGCGGUCCACGAUUGCGCAAUCCGUAUCGAAAAGUUGCCUGACUACCAGCCGGUUCCCAACACGGAACGAUAUCCCCGCGAAAGAAUACGUCUUCCUACAUCAGAGGAACAAGAUUUUGGUCAUGCAUGGGCCUAUCGGUUCCUGAUCAAGGGCAACUCCCAUGCGGACUCUGCUUUGGUGCCUUUGAAAGGGAAAACCGUAUGCUUGAAAGACUGUAUUGCCGUUGCGAGUGUACCGCAGUUUUUCGGUAGCGAUGCAUUUCCCCCGUGGACACCUUCCACAGACGCAACGGUAGUGUCACGCGUCCUGGACGCUGGGGCUGAUAUACUGGGCACGGCGACGUGUGAACAUUUCUGCAACUCGACUGCAUCUUUCACCAGCGCUCAGGGAACCAUCGAAAACCCGUACGGGCAAGGAUAUUCUACUGGUGGUAGCACAUCCGGCGGUGCGGCUCUAGUUGGCUCCGGAAAGAUUGACAUCGCCCUCGGAACAGACCAAGGCGGUAGUAUCAGGGUUCCUGCAGCAUUCUGUGGUUGCGUUGGGUUGAAGCCUACCCAUGGACUAGUGCCGUUCACGGGUAUCACAAGCGGCGAUUCAAUCGACGACCACGCCGGUCCCUUGUGCCGGACAGUCAUGGAAGUUGCACGAUGCCUGGAUACUAUUUCGGGUUAUGACGGUAUUGACGACAAGUCUUUGGGAGCUGCUGCUCACCGCUCCUAUGACUUUUUUGCUUCUCUUGAAUCAUCGUCUGGCCGUUUAGAAGGGGUGAAGAUUGGUCUUCUGAAGGAAGGCUUCAACCAGGAAAUCAUUGAGCCCAGAGUGAGAGACCAUGUCAUCGCAGCUGCUCGAAAGCUAGAGUCAUUGGGAGCGACCAUUGAUGAAGUGUCUGUUCCUCUCCACUUAGAUGGGCCUUCAAUAUGGACAAUUCAGCAGCGUAUCGCUGGCUCUUCGGGUAUUCUAGGAAGAACUUCUGGACGAAGAGGCCUGGGUCUUACCGAAUUCGAUAAGGCUCGGUUGCCUUGGUCUAACUCGAGCUUCCAGAAACUCUUCCCUUCCACCAAGAACACCAUCAUCAAUGGCUUAUAUCUUUCUGAAAGAUUUCCCGGCCUGUAUAGUAAGACUGUCAACAUUGGUCGACAGAUCAGCGAUGCCUAUCAAAAGGUAUUCGAAACCUACGAUGUUAUCAUCAUGCCAACAACACCCUUUGUUGCACCACGACAUGGAUCCCGUGAGUCAGUUCUGGAUUCCUUUGAGCCCACAAUUGGCCUGACAACCAAUACUGCCGUCUUCAACGUUACAGGACAUCCUGCCAUGUCUAUACCCGUUGGCUUUCUUCCUGCGAAAGACAAUGGACAAGUUUUACUGCCGGUGGGUAUGCAGGUGAUCGGUGGAUUAUGGCAAGACAAGAAAGUGCUCAAUGUUGGGUUUGCCUGGGAAACCAACUUCGACUGGAAAAGCAUCAAGGGCCACGGGAAUGUAGUUCAACCCAUCCCAGAAUCUCCGAACACUGGAACGCACCCAAAAGUUGAUGGAAGGCCAAUGCCUGAGGUAAAUGGUACGACAUCACCAAGCCUCAAGCGAGUUAAGAUUUCUGUUUAGGCCCUCUAUCAUAGGCAGCUCCAAUAAGGGUUUUAACAAUUCCAUUCCGGCACCUAUAUUAGUUCACAACGUAUGAUACAUAGCCUGUUGGCGUAUCAAAAUCACAUUCAUUGCCGUGAUUGAGCACAAACGACUCUAUUCCACCCUUCUCAACGUUUAUGCCUGGUCUUUCUUUAACGUGGAUUCUAUUUCCUACAUCUCUUCUUAUAUAAUGUUUCAUUUUCGCC